AUGGAGGACUGCUAUAGCUCCAACGACAAGCAUAGGCAUUCAACCCCGUUCCGUCGCCAUUGUCUGGGGAUGGCAUCAUCAACUCGCUGCUGGGUGCCCAGGAGAAAGGGCAAGACCGUUUCAUUUGCAGACCCUGUUGUUUCUGCUGUCUGGCCACUGGUUGGCGUCCGGGAGCUUGCUGCUGGUGUGGGUGCCACGCCAACUCGCUGCUGGGUGCCCAAGAGAAAGGGCAGCACCGUUUCUUUUGCAGACCCUGCUGUUUCUGCUGUCUGGCCGCAGGUAGGCGACCUGGAGCUUGCUGCUGGUGUGGGUGCCUCGCCAGGGUCUGUUGACGGUGCCAACCAGGAAACCUCCAAGGAACCUGAUGCCUCCAAGUGCAAGAUCGCAAGUCUAUUCACAAGGCCUCUUACCAAGUGCCAAAUGGAGGCAAUCAUGGAGCUGAUAAAUCAAGACAACGUGAAGGCAGGGAAGACUAAAAAGAAGGGUCGAAAGGUGAUGCCAACCGCCGAAGCCGGGAAGGCUAAGGGGUUCUGA